AUGAAAAAAAUGAACUAUAAAAGCAUAAGCUAGCUGCCGUAAACCAAUUCAAAAGAAUUCUUAGAAGAUAGAAGCAGCUCAUAAAAAUAAAUAAUAAAAUAAGGCGACUAAAUUUAAAGUUUAAUAGAGUAGAAUUCAAAUUGUUUCCAAUCAUAAAUUAAAGAAAAGGAUUAAGUAUGGUAAUAAGCUUAAAAAGAUAAUUUAUAUCAAAAUACUUAAGGAGAAGAAGAUGAUUAUUUAUUUCUAUAAACAAAUAGAUAAAAUAAUGAAUAAAAUGCUUAAGAUACGUAAAUUAAAACAUAUCAAAUCCAAAAAUCAAGACAUUCUUCAAAAAUAUCAAAUAAAAAUCAUUCUAUGAGCAUUAAAAGUAAACAUAAAGAAGAUCAUGAUAUCUAAAAUGAGUAAAAUUAAUUAGGAUAAAACUUGUAUUCAGCAGAAACUCCUGACAAUAAAAAUAAAUUAUAAUAAUAGCUAAGUGAUACUACUAAUUAAAUUGAUAGUUAGAGCACAAAAUUUUUAAAGAGAAAUCGCACUUUACUACAAUCCACAUAACAUAAAGAUGAUGAAAUUGAUAAUAAUAUUAUUUCUCCUAUUAGUAAGGAAUAGCAAUAAUAGAAUAAAUAAAAAAAUUCCUAUCUUUUAAAAUAAUAAUCUAAUUAAUAAGGUAAUAAUAAGAUUAUAUUACGAAAUGGUAAGACAUUAGCAAAUUCACCUUCUAUAAAGAAUAAUAAAAAUAUUUAAAGAUUAUUUGCAUCAAAUAUUUAUUCAAAUCAAACUAAUCUUGGUGAAAUUUCAGAUAUUUUAGACUAGUAGUAAGCUAGUGAUGUGGAGAGAGGUUUUGUAAUGGAUUAAUCAGAUGGGUUUUACUCUGCAUAAAAAAAACAACCAUAAUAGAAAUCAAUAUUAAAUAGAAUACUUACAUUCACCUUUCACCCUGCAUAAGUAUUGACUAUCUCUAUUAAAAUUGGUCUGUAGCAUUUAAAUGACAAUAACUUUAAAAGCUGGCUAUAAAAUUAUAAUAUAGAAAAUGAGAUAUGGCAAGUCAGAUAUAAUUACUCUUUAUAUUAUUCUUUUAUAACUAUGAUUACAAUUGGAUAUGGAGAUAUAGCCCCUUAAAACUCUCAUGAAAGAAUUGCCUGUAUAGCAUUUGCUCUUACUUCAAGCAUAAUAUUUUCUUUUUCUAUUAACACUAUAGGAAAUAUUUUCUAAGACUACUUUAUCAAAUUCUAAUUUUAGUUAUAAAUGAGAUAUAAUGCUAUUAAAUUUUUAAGUUCCAGACAAAUUGAUAAAAAUUUGUAACUUCGAAUUCUAAAAUACAUAGAAUAUAUUCAUGAAAUAGAGAGAGAUUCUCCUGAAAAAGGGUUAUAAAUUAUGAACUAAGUAUCAGAAGAGCUAAAAACAUAGGUAUUCUAAGAUUACUAUGGUAAAAUUUUGCAGUAGAAUAAGUAUUUUUCAUUGAAUUACAGCAAAUCUAGCAUUCUUAAGUUAUCUCUUCAUGUAAAGGAAAAAAUGUUUGCUCCUGGAGAAAUUUUAUUUGAGCAAGGAGACUAAGAUGGAAGACUUUAUUACAUAAUCAAGGGAGACUGCGAAUUUUAUUUGAAAGGUAAAGAAGGCUCAAAAAAUAUCGUCUAGCUUACUUUAUUUUAGCAAACUAAUUAGUAAUUUUUUGGAUACAAAGGAUUUAUUUCAGGUAUUCCAAGAGAACUUAGCUGUAGGUCUAAAAAUGUUAGCCAUGUUUUUUAUAUUCAAAGAGAAGAUUUGAUUAACAUACUCAAAUAAGAUCCAUAAGAUUAUGAAAAAUUUUGUAAAAUUAAAGAUGAGUUCUUAUUUUAUACAAACUCUUUGGGAGAAUUGUGUUUUGCUUGUAAAAAUUUUGGUCAUACACUGACUCAGUGUAAUAGAAUUCAUUAUGCUAAAAAUAGAUCCCUUUUAAUAUAAAAGUACAAUUAUUGUGGAUAACAAUAAAGAAAACCACACUAAAGAAAUAAAAAUAAAUAUAAGUCUGUACAAUAAAUAAAUAAUGUGAAUUUAUCAGUUUUAAAUUACAAAAAAGGUUUAAUAAUUGAUUUUAUUAAAGAAGAUAUUAAUAGCUUAAUUGUUGAAUAGUACGUAUAAUUUUUAUAAUAAGAAUCUAUUGAUAAAGUUUAGGAGCUUUUCCCUUAUUUAGAAUUCCAAUAGGAAGGAGUUGUUCUCAAAAAUUAAAGUGAUUAAAUGGAUAGCGAAAAUGAGUUGUAUACAGAAUCUGAUCAGAGCAAUACUGAUACAGGAGAAGAAAAUUAUAAAAAAUAGCCUAUAAACUCAAUUUAAGAAAUGAUUGAAGAUAAUUUAAGUUAAUAAAAUACUUAUAAUAAUUCUGAUAAUUUUAACAAAAAUUAAUAUAAAAAAAAUUUUAAGAAUGAACAAAAUAACUAGAGCAAAUAAAAUUCCUUAUAGAUUUUAAAUGAAGUUUCAUAUAGGGAAAUUUAAGAAGAAAAACUUAAUCUUAUAAAAAAUAGAAAAGAAGAAGAUAAUAAAUCGCUUAGUGUUCAAGAUAAUUAAUUGGAUAAAUCGAAUUCAUAUAAUUAAGAAAAAAUGUAAAUAAAUAAAAGCAUUGACAGUAUAAAUUAAGAAAUUAUUUAAAAUUAAAAAUAAGAAUUACAAUAAUCAUAAUAAUAGUUCUUUGAACAAAAUUUUGUAGACAUAAAUGAAAUAGUUGAAGAUGACUUUAAUUCAUUGUAGAAUUAACUAUUAAUUGUAUCUCCUGAUAUUAAGUAAACAAAAGCUUAAACUGUUAAUCAUUUAAAUAAUGAUGAUAAAUAAUCUAUUGGUUCUUCAAAUAGUUCUAUAAAAGAUGAGUAGAGAAUAUAAAAUUACUAUAAAAAGCUUAAGCAGUAGUAAUCAGAAAAAAUUAUAUCUUAAGAAUUCGAUGACAGCAAAAUAAAUAAAUAAAUGAAUUAGCUAUAUAAAAUAAAAAUAUAAAAUAAAUCAAUAACUUAAAAUCAAAGGCUUGAAGAAGGAGUAGAUUAAACUAACAAAUAUUUACAUAAAAAAUCUGAUUAAAAACAUAAAAUUAAAUCAAGUCUAAAAAAUUUUGCUCCAAAUCAUAGACAAACUAAAAAGGAUUUUUCAGAUUUAGCAACUUAAAUUAAUUAAGGUUUGACAUUUAUUUCUAAAUUUAAUUCAACACAAGGAGUUGAUUUGAACUCAAAAGAAAAAAGAUUUUCUUAACUUCCUAAAUAAAAAUCUUUUAUUUUCUUCACUAAAGAUAAUUUUAUGGAAUAAAAAAGAAGCUUUGAUUUAGAAACAUAGAAUUAAUAGUAAACCAUGUAUGGUUUAUAGAAAAUAUCAAAAUAAUCAAAUUCUUAAAAUGCUCAUUCUAAAUUUUAUUAAUAGAGAGAACUAGAAUAGUAUACUUAACCAAGUAUGAAGAAUUGUAAAUCAUUUGUAGAUUGUUCAGAAUUUAUUCUAGACUAAGAUAAAAACUAAAAAGAUAAACUGUCAAAAUUAUAAGACAGAUAAUCUUCUAAAUACUAGUUGUACUAAAAAUUUACCAAUUAGCUAGCAGAUCUUUACAUUCUUGAUUUUGAGACUUUAAAAGAAUACAAAAACUAUUUCCCUCACAACAAUGCUUCUACUGUUUGCAAAUAUCUAAAUAAACACAAUACAAAUAAUUUAAUUUCUUAAAAGAAAUUAAACAUUUAUCCCACACUUUCAAAGUUUUAUGCUUGA